GUGACGUCGAGACUUGGUGGGGCGUUUCUAUGGGGAGAACGAACUUAACGCUUGUCCACGCGCUGCUGCACCACAGUUCGACUCCGGUUGCUCCUCGUUGCCCUUCGGUGGGCUUCUGUUGGUCCAGCCUUGGUCUCAUCAUAGGACCAUUUCUGAUCUCAUUCCGUUACAACAGGCCGCAUAAUUUCCUCGCCGCAUCUACCUCGCGAAUGCAGAUAAUAAAUCUACCCCGAGGAUUCAGCCGACAAAGAUAAUCUGGCACAAUAGUUAGUUAAUCAAAUCAACUGCAUAAAUAAAUGAUUUAUAUAUAAUAUACAUAUAUUAUAUAUACGUGAUAAGGUUGUGCUCAGCAUAGGGUUAUAUAUAUAUAUAUACAUAUAUAUAUAUGUUUGUGAGUCAUUCGUGAUGAUGAUCUUAGGUUUCAUUUAAUACAACGCGGAUAAUUGAGGCAGCUGAGAAAUUCAAAAUCGUUUCUAGUUCUUUCUUCUUUUUAUUCAAAGCUGCGAGUAAAUUUUCAAGUUUUAUGUGAACAUUCGAUUUAAUUAUCGGGACUUCUGUUAUCGUCGAAGGGUAUAAUGAAGAUUUUUCAAAAAACGGUACUAAACAUGACACCGAGUCACGGUAUCGCGGCUAUGCUUCUGGGGCUGACAUUUGCCGCUAUUCUGGAUCUCACUUCAGCCGGAAGCUGUAGAGAAGCGAAUCUCUGUUGCCCUGGCAGAGACUCUGCCUGCGUCGUGCAGAAGGCUUCGCCGAAUGCGAUAAUCGAAGUGCUUUCCGAUAAGCCUUGCUACUGUGACCAUGCGUGCAUCAAGCUCGGCGAUUGUUGUCAUGACUUCAAGGAAGCCUGCGGAGUUGUGGACUGCGUUGUCUCCGCCUGGGGACCCUGGUCGACGUGUGACAGUGAAUGCGGCCCCGGAGCGCAAACACGGUCAAGGAUGGUCGAACGCGCCGCUGAAAAUGGAGGACAACAUUGCCCUCAGUUGGUCCAGCACAGGGGAUGUCAAGGAACGAAGUGUAACAGGCGAAAUCCGAAAUCCGCUUUGAAAGAAGUCGCCUUACUCCUACCUGCUGAGCUCAGUGAAACACGCCAUGCUAAUGACAGCAAUGACAUCCGCAGCAACCUUCGUCUCCGUUAUCAAGAUGAUCCGGAGCAUGACGCCUCGAAAGAAUACUGUGUUACAUUUACCGUGACUAAAGCUUCGAAAGCUUGUUACAAGGAGACCAGCCUCGCAGGGCUAACGGAAGGUGCUCACGUAUGUGUUCAGUGUCAAACGCAGGCUUUGAGACGCGUGCUGGACUGGCGAUGCGAAGGAGACGGUGGCGCCGAGGCGAUGAUCACCAGGUGGAGCAUGCUGUCGUCGGCACAUUGCCACGGUAAAUGGCUCCGAACAUCGAAGACAGGGCCGAAAUGCGACACUUCGGUCUGCCAACCCCAGCCACAUUUCAUUUUCGUUUAGAUCUGCAGCGGUGUCUUAUAUAACGAGUUGCAAGAACCCGGACCGAAUAAAUUUGGUUCAAUGAGUUGCCUUUCCUUAUAAAAUCUCCAAUGCGUCUGCCUCAAUUGUCCACAAUCCUCCGUCGAGAUUCUCCUUUUCCAUGAAUCUGGAAUCUUUUUAUCCUAUCCCAUAAUGUUAUAGGCUCCUUUGCCAUCCUUUAUUAUAAUAUUACUGUGAAACCGAAAACCUUGAUCCAAUGUAAAUGUUAAUCAUCGAAGAAGUGAUUAUCGUCGGAAAAAGUUUACUAUUUCCUCCAAGUAAAAAAAAAAAAAAAAAAAAAAAAAAACAAAAGAAAAAAAACUACAAAAAACAAGUAAUAAUAAAUAAUAAUAAUAAUAAUAAUAAUAAUAAUAACA